AAAUCUCACAGUGGGUGAAAACUACUUGAAACAAAAAGGGUCAGAUCAACAAAUAAGGGGAAUUUAUUCAAUUAUCAGUAGUUAUUCAAAUAACCUGAAUGUCGACAGUGAGCACCCUAAAUCUACUUUUAUCAGAUAUCCAAAAUCGUACAAGGUCAAUACACUGGUUUGUUGGUGGAAAAUAGUCUGAUAUGGAUUACGAUUAUUCUGACGAAGAUUCCGAUAAUGAAGAAGAAGCACCCGUUGUCCAGUGUUAUUGCAAAGGUCAUUGCCCAUUUGAAGAUCCAGAAAGAGAGGGCCUUUGCGAAGUCACAAUCCCCGGCGGCAAAUGUUUUGCAUCCGUCGUUGUUGAAACUGAUGAUUACGAAGACGAUUAUCCCACACUAACAUUCGGAUGCUUGCCGGAUACUCAAAUGGCAACAUUGCAGUGCAAAGGAUCUUUAGUGCCGCACUUUCAAAGCAAAAGUAUUGAGUGUUGUAAUGAUGCUGAUUUUUGCAACAGCCGCCUCUUUCCGAAACACACAAUCAAAAACGUCAGCUUGCAUCAUAAAAUGCCCUACAUCCUGCUAGGGUCGUCUGUCACUUUGUGCUUUACUGUACUAGUAGCUAUUAUAGCAUUUGUUUUCUGGAGGUAUCGCAGAAAGAAGAGAAAAGAAAAAGUUGAAAAUAACUCGAACACAGAGAAAAUGAGCACUGAUAUGAAAGAAAAUAUUGACGAAUCUAACAAAUAUAUUGAUCGAUUUCAGUCGAGCACUUUACCUCAGCUAAUUGAAGAGUCCGCUGGAUCUGGAUCAGGACCCACUAUUAUGGUUCAAAGAACGAUUUCCAAGCAGUUAGAGAUGCAAAGAGUAGUUGGAAAAGGCCGAUACGGUGAGGUCUGGUUCGCGAAAAGGCAAGGAGAGAAAGUUGCAGCCAAAGUUUUUCUCACUACCGAGGAAAAAUCUUGGAAGAGAGAAUUGGAGGUAUAUCAGACGAUUCAUAUGCGGCACGAAAACAUAUUAGGCUUCAUAGCAUCGGAUAUCAGAGGAAGUUGUGGCUGGACUCAGAUGAUUUUAAUCACAGAUUUUCACGAAUAUGGAUCUGUAUACGAUUAUCUCCAAACGCGUACUAUUGAUCCACGCUUAUUAGUGACUAUGGCAUGGAGUAUAUCCAGAGGUCUGACACACCUUCACGAAGAAAUCUUUGAUGUUCAUGGAAAACCAGCUAUUGCCCACAGAGACAUAAAAAGCAAAAAUAUUCUAGUGAAGGCUGAUGGAGAAUGCUGUAUUGCAGAUUUUGGACUUGCUGUACAAUUUAAAUCAAACACAAAUAAAAUCAAUCUUCCUUCUGACACGAUUAGCGGUACAAAAAGAUAUAUGGCCCCAGAAAUAUUAAAUGAUACCAUCGACAACCAAAAUAUAUAUGCCCAUAAAAUGGCUGAUAUUUAUGCAUUGGGUUUAGUACUGUGGGAAAUGUCCAGAAGGUGUAAUUUUGACGAACAAUUCGAUUUGGAAUACCAAAUACCAUUCCAAGACAACGUUUCGAAUAACCCAACAUUCGAGGAGAUGAAAGAAGUUGUAUGCGUUAAAAAAAUUCGGCCAGAAAUACCAGAUAGCUGGGACAAUCAUGAAAUUAUGAAAACUUUUGCUAAAAUAAUGCAGGAAAUGUGGCAUGAAAAUCCCGCUGUCAGACUCACUGCAAUGAGAGUGAAGAAAACUUUAAACAAACUGAGAACUGCGAAUGGUCACAUUGCAAUAUAUGUAUAUACUGCUAAUAACUCCUCAAAAUAUGUUUGAGCGAAACCGAAGAUACAGACGAAUCGAAGAGUUCCAGUGAUUAAACUUGUGUGACUCAAUCCUGAAGAGCAGAAGGUUUUCUGUAGUAUUUCAACCAAGAUCUGACGCAAUUAUUCAACAUAAUUAAAAGGACGAGAAAUAGAGAAUAAACAAAAAAGGAACCUCAAGGAUCUGGAAACUAAUGAAUAUUUCAAUUGACAAAAAGUAAUGAAUUUCAUUAAUAAAAUAUUUGAUGUGCAAUCAA